AGAAACGAAAAUCGCGGACGGAAUGUCUCCUUAUCCAGCAUCGCUAGCAUCUGUUAGUGAGACAUAUUCUCUGUUCGCAGCUGGGUCACAAUUGUAGGAGAUUAUGUCGGAACAAAGUGCGGAUUCUCCAAACUGCAUCGCUAAUCAGGAGGAGGAAGAGGAAGAGGAAAUGAUCUUACAAGAGUUUGAGGCUAAUCCUGUAGAUAUUUUGGAAUGUCUGUCAGUUAUGAUCAACGAUGGUACUGGAAAGGAUGCUAGCCAGGUACAAGAGCUUAUAUUGGAUGACCAAUUGCUUGGCACAAUGGUGACUACAAUUACGUUACCUGAUGGAACUCAAGCUUUUGUUACAAAUAAUCUUGGUGACAUUGACCCAGAUUUCAAGACACAAACACUACAAACAACACUUCAAAAUGGAAAUACUAUUUUGCUACGAGAUUUGUCGGAAUUUGGCGAUGGAAAGGCUCUUCAACUGGAAUUAGAUCCAGCUACAUUUGUACAAGCUGAAGAUACUGCUACUGAAAAUGUAGAAAAUACGUAUUCACAAGUGGAAUUUAUCAAUGGCACUGCGUACAUGGUGGCAAGUCAUGUGGAUGUAGAUGAAAAUUUAUGGGAAAUUGAAGACGGAAAGUUAAAGAAAAAAGAUUCCAAGAUUUUAAUCAACAAGUUAGCCGAUGUAAAAGUUAGAUAUCCUUGUCCUAGAGAAGGAUGUUCAAAGAUUUACAGCACGCCCCAUCAUCUCAAGGUCCAUGAACGUUCACAUACUGGUCAGAGACCAUAUAGAUGUACUCAUCCAAAGUGUAAAAAGAGUUUUUCAACUGGUUAUAGUCUAAAAGCGCAUUUACGGACGCAUACGGGUGAGAAACCAUACAAAUGUACGAAUGGAACGUGUAACAAAAGCUUCAAGACAUCGGGUGAUUUGUUAAAACACGUGAGAACUCACACGGGCGAACGUCCUUUUGUAUGCCCAUUUAACGGUUGUGGCCGAUCGUUCACCACAAGUAAUAUUAGGAAGGUUCAUGUAAGGACGCACACUGGCGAGCGACCGUAUAAAUGCACACAGCCGACAUGUGGUAAAGCAUUCGCUAGUGCGACAAACUACAAGAAUCACAUACGCAUACACUCAGGCGAAAAGCCUUACGUUUGUUCCAUAGAAAACUGUGGUAGAAGGUUUACCGAAUAUUCUAGUCUAUAUAAACAUCAUCUUGUACAUACACCACAACGACCAUUUGAAUGCACCCUAUGCUCCAGGAAAUAUCGCCAGAAUAGCACAUUGGUGAUGCACAAGAGAACAGUUCAUGCCUUGAUCGAUAGUGACGAUGGUGCUGAUAUUUUUUUGCAAGAACCUCUUGAAUCCUCUAGUCAGAAUAAAAAUAAAAAGAAAACCGUAAAAGAAACCCAUAAGCUGCUAGCGAAAGACAAACAGAUCCAGAUUUCUAAAAUGAUUGAUGAUGCAAACGAGAAAGAACCACAAAUUUUGUUCGUAGGCGAUCCUUCGCAAAUCGCUGCAUUACAGAAGAUUGAUUUAGACGAAAGUUUUGAUGAUCCUGGCAUUGAUACGACAUUCGAAGGAUUGAAUAUAAAAAUCGAAGAUAUAGAAUUUGGAUGGAACUAAUGCACGAAGAAAGA